CACCAACGUGCCCGCCACCACCACCAUAACAAUUCCGUUGGAAUGGUGCAUGUUCAUGCAUCAUGCACAACUCUGUGUGCCUGCCGAUGUCUCAGACCGGAGAGAUUAUCUGAGAGUCUACCCUUGGUUGGAUAAGAUAUUAUAAUUCCGGAGAGUCUGGCGAACAUCCGGAUCUUCCAUCAGAGAACUGAUGAGUCAUUCAUAGACGCUACUGAGUAUGUGCCGCCGCAGCAGCUAUAGCGAGUAUUGGUUUGUCACACGUUCAAUGCAUUGAUAAAGAUGCGAUAACACCCGCUGAGCGGUUAUCGCAAUGCGCUCUCAUUCUCUCGUGGUAGUUCUGAGCCUAGGGUCAGCAGCUCUAGCACUACAUGGUCAAUUCCCUGUCAGUACUACUGAUGAAAGCGUUCGACCCUUGGAUAUUGGCAACUUGGACAAUGACAAAUCACAUUCAUAUAGUUUCGAUUCGAAGGUUGAGCAAUGGAGGUUUGACGAAGGUCCUGCCGAGAACGCGACAGGGAACUUGAUCUUCGACACUGUCCAUUCAUUCCUGCAACAUUGGCCAAACACUCGGUAUCGUAAUGGACAUAACAUAGUACCAGGAGUGGUUCCAACUGGUACUUUGUUGUAUCACGGCACCGGCCGCAAAACGAUACCCAGUGGGCCCGAAUGGACUGCAACAGAUCCAGAGCAUUCUCUUCUUUUCGCUGCCCGUGGAAAAGAUGGGAGUGGCUGGCAGCUCACGCUGGCAACAACACGACCUCUCAAGGUCUUGUACUUUGAUGGAAGUAGUGCUGCCAAGGUAGCCGAGGGUACAAUGGAUACGCAGGAUAUAAUAGCUUGGGGAGAAGUGCAACCCGAGCGAUUCUUCGAUGAAAGAUCACGGAUCGAAGAUCUCUGUAGGUGGGGAAAGGAGUUCGGAAUCGAUGGUUUCGCGAGGAUGGAAAUGGACUUUGAAGUUAUGCUGUGCGAUUUUACGGCUGGUGUUGAGCUAGUAUCUUUCUUGUAUGUCCGGCUUUCACCAACGGACAAAGACCAUUCCCCUCCCUCCCCUCCCUCCCCUCCUCCAUUGGAUCCUAAUAACCAGGUUCGCAGAUUUGAAGUCAUGCACUCCGGCUCAUGGCACAAUCGAUACCCAGGAGAUUCUCGCAUUGUGCUCGACCUGACUGGUCUUGUCUCGCUGUAUGAUAUCGCACUGGCACCUUCCCUCGUCCCGGUUCGCGAGGGGCUUGAACGGUGGGACCAUCGGGUGUUAGGAAUAUCAUCAAACGACAUAUCAAAGGUGAUGAGAAAGCUCACCGAAGUCAUUAGUAGACCACACCCGACAAACAGCGACCUUGACUGGAAGACACUUAUCCACGUCAUCGUCGAUCGAUAUGCGAAUCGACUUGAGUUGAUGCAAUAUCUCCUCAAUUUCACCUCAUCAGACCCGCAAGAAGUCCUUGAACGAGCGAAACUCACACAAAUCCAGCUCCGUGUUAUGCUUAUGCCGUAUCUAUUGGAUUCCACUAUCGUCCCUAGUGCAAGUACUUCAGAUGUCGACACUCUGCAGUGGGCGUCCCCAAUUUUCAGGCUAUGCGCCACAACACAUACCUCCGUGAUGAUAAAGCAAAUACCCUUCAUGACGCCUUCGGAACACUUGCUGCUGAAAGCCGUCGAGGAGACAACGAGAGAAGUCUGCCGUGUCACCACGAAAAUGUGGGCGGUAGGUGUCAUGAACGGGCUCGACACUCUUUUCCCUAUUGAACUGAAUGGGGAGCCUGAUGUCCCCCAAAUAAUGAAUGAUCGGAGACAAGACACCGAGAAGCUGAUGUCUUGGUUAGACUGGAGUAUAUGGAUUAAAUGCCGACCUGCUUGCGGCCCAGAGGAAAUGUGUUAUCUUCCUACUUGGCCUAACAAUGCCCCCGGGCCAAGGCACCCACAUCAACCUCCACGGGACCCGCAGAAUAGCACGGGUGCACCAGCAGAAGUUCAGGAUCUUGCUGAUCGAGUCGGGUAUCCACCCGAAGGUUCAGUAAUCGCAGGUGGAUUUUCCUUCAUUGGGACACCAGAGGAAUGGAAGAAGCCUCAACCGAAGUGCAUUAGGCGCCUCCCGCCGUACGGUUUUUGAUUCAUGGGCCUUCACAUCGUUCUUGCAAUUGUGAGUCAUCUAAUAGACGUACAUCUUUGCGCCUCGUCAUGCUGUGCUGCUCAUUUGCAAUCCAUUUGCGUGUCCUUCGAGUUUUCCCCUCCUUUUUACCUCCAAGUUACUCUUCCA